AUGGACACCAACUGCCGUAAAACUUCUCAGGAGAAGAAGAACCAGAACCAGAACCAACAUUGGUGUGUGCCAGAGAGUCGUGCAGCCUUUCAGAGCAUUACCCAGCCUCUUCAUCAGGAAGUGAUGCUGGGGGAGAAGCCUGUUUCGGUGGAGCUGAGCUGUGGGGCUGGGCCCAUCCAUGUGGUGCUGGAGCCAGGACUGCCCCUCCUGCUGGACUGCAAGCUUGGGGCCAGCGACACACCUUUCAAUGUCACCUGGCUGCAGGAUGGCCAGCCCCUGCCUCUGGAUGGGGGCGACUUCAUGCAGCAUCUGCCCAACGGAUCUCUGCUCCUGCUCCCUAACUCUAAGGAUGGCAAGCCGCCUCAGGGAGUGGAGGGGGGAUACAACUGCAUCAGUGCCAGUGCCUUUGGAGCCCUGACCAGCCGAACCAUCACCGUGCUUCUGGCAAGCCUGUCUCAGUUCCACCAGGACCCAGCAUCCCAAGUGGUGCCCGCUGGGGAUGAUGCCCGCUUUGAGUGCCAGAUUGAGGGAGUGCCCACACCUGUUAUUACUUGGGAAAAGGACCAAGCGGCUGUUCCUGAGAAGCCAAGGUUCAUUUCCCUUCCUAAUGGGGUGCUCCAGAUUUUGGGGGUUACCAAGGAGGAUGAGGGUGCCUACCGUUGUGUUGCAUCCAACUCUGCCAGGAAGCUCGUCAGCCAAGAAGCCAGCCUUACUGUCAUAACAGGCUCUACCCAAGCCCUGAACAGUGUUGUGAUUGUGGCGCCGCCUCAGAAUGCCACAGUGGUGCUGGGUCACCCUGCUGUGAUGGAGUGUAUGGCGCAAGGCCAGCCAAAACCUCUGGUAUCCUGGAGCAGGCAAGAUGGAAAGCCCAUUUCCACUGAUGUGGUCGUCCGGGCAACAAACUUGGUGAUCCGGGACACCAGGCGCCAUCAUGCUGGUGUCUAUGUCUGCCGAGCCAACAAACCCAAGACCAGAGAGUUUGUUAUUGCUGCUGCUGAGCUGCAGGUGCCUGCCCCUCCAAUGAUCCUCCAGCCACCAGAGACAGUGUCCCUGUCCCGGGGGAACACAGCCAGGUUUGUGUGCAACAGCUCUGGGGAGCCUCCUCCAGUGCUGCAUUGGCUCAAGAAUGGCCAGCCCAUCAAGUCAUUCAGACGGGUGAAAACCCAGAGCCCUGGGGUGUUGCUCAUCAACCAACUGGCACUGGAGGAUGCGGGUUACUACCAGUGUAUCGCGGACAACAGCCUGGGCACGGCCUGUGCCACUGCCAAGCUGACAGUCAUCGUGAGGGAGGGUCUGCCCAGCCCUCCACGCCAUCUGUCUGCCACGCCUUACUCCAGCACCACAGCCCUGCUCACCUGGGAGAAACCCGAGCACAACUCAGACCAGAUCAUCGGCUACUCUGUGCACUGCCAGCGUGCCGCAGGCUCAGACAAUGUGGAGUACCAGUUUGCGAUGAACAAUGACACCACAGAGUAUCAUGUGAAGGAGCUCCUUCCCCACACAGCCUACACCUUCUUUGUGGUGGCCUACUCUCCCAUGGGUGCCAGUCGUCCCUCCCUGCGUGUCACUGUGGAGAUGCUCGAGGAUGUUCCCAGUGCGCCUCCUCAGCUGUCUAUUGCCAGCACAUCCCCCACAGACAUCAGGCUGAUGUGGCAUCCCUUGUCCUCACAGCACAGCCGAGGAGCUGUUACCCGCUACCGCAUUGAGUACAGCACUCUCGAUCAAGCAGACAAUGUGUUCUCUGUGGAGGUGGGAGGUAAUGAAACCCAGUUCACCCUGAGAGAGCUGCAGCCCAACCAGGCCUACCGCCUGAGGAUGGCAGCUGGCACAGGGGCCGGCUUUGGGGUCCCAUCAGAGUGGGUGCAGCACCACACACUAGCCCACUACAGUCACAGCAAUCACAGCAUGGUGAUCUUCGCCCCCACUGAGCUGAAAGUCCGAGCCAGAGUGAGCACUCUCAAUGUCACAUGGCAGCCCUCACCCAAUCACACACAGAUCUCAGGUUAUAAGCUCUCCUGCAGAGAGGUGGAAGCUGAGGAAGCAGCCAAUGGGGAAAGGACGACACAGACCCACACCAUCAGGCUCCGUAAGAAGGCCAGGCAUCAUCUUCUCACUGGGCUGGUCCCUGACCGGCAGUACGAGGUGAGGGUAUGGGCUUUCAACAAGCAGACAGAUGGGGCAGCUGCCGUGUGGAAAGGAAGGACUGAAAAGGCUCAUGACAGAACUUCGUCACUGCCCAUGGGGAGCCCCCCUCCGCUGCCCCCCAGCAGUGUCCAAGCCACAGCCAACAGCUCCACCUCCAUCUGGCUGCGCUGGGAGAAGCCACGUUUCAGCAACGUACGCAUCAUCAACUACACAGUGCGCUGCAGCCCAGCGGGCAUCACCAACGCCUCGCUAGUCUCCUACCACACCAGCGCUGCUCAGGAGAUCCUGCUGGGGGCGCUGAAGCCCUUCACCCGCUAUGAGCUGGCAGUGCAGUCCAAUGGGGUAGACGUGGUGGGACCCUUCAGUGGCACCGUGGAGGAGUCCACUCUGUCUGACCGGCCCUCCUCGCCUCCGGAGGAGCUGCAGCUGAGCGCUCUGGACGCCUCCUCUGUGCUGGUGAGCUGGCGCCCUCCGCUGGAGCCCAACGGUAUUGUCAUCAGCUACAGGAUCCUGUACAGUGCCAACCUCAGCCAACCUGAGCACUUGUGGAAGAACCUCUCUCAAGAUGGGACCAUAACCAAUAUGGAGGUUCAGGGUUUGUCAAGUGACACCCGCUACUUCUUCAAGCUGGGAGCCUCUACUGAGGUGGGACAGGGGCCUUACUCACCAGUAAAGGAUGUACACACUCCCCCUCAAAAAUAUGAAUUGGACAUCCAUGCAGUGACAGGCAUUAUUGUUGGUGUGUGUCUGGGGCUGUUGUGUAUCCUCCUCUGCAUGUGUUUCAGCUUCCGUAACAGCAAGGCCAGGGAGAUAGCUGGGGGGCUGGACUCCACAGCGGUGCCCUCCCAGUACAGGAGAGGAGGCUGGCCAGUGCCCUCCUCUGCGCCAGAGUGCAGUGACUGCCAUGAACUGGAGACGCUGAUGCCCCCAGGCAGCCAAGAGCCUGGCCAGCCACUGGCAGAGGCCCCCGAGGAGCAAAGCCUAAUUGCUUGUGCUGGUCCAGGGACCGCGGAGGACAGCCUCGCAUCUGAGCCCAAGCCUGCUUGGAACGGUUCUGUGAGUUGUAACUGGGCCAACAGAAUCACCAGAUACAGAGACACCAUCACAGAUGACUCUCCUACGCUCAUCAAUGGAGGUGUCAGCAUGCUAAGUGAUGAUAACGGCAAGGACUUAGAGGAUCGUUUGUGCACAUCUCUGUGCAGUAACCAAGUCGAGGCAGAGGUCAUUGUUCACUCAGAGCUGUUGGAUCCGGAGAGGGAGAAAGAGGAGGCAGAUAUCGAUGUGGAGGAGGAUUCUGACAACACCAGGAGACCCUCGUUGUCUGAGGGUAGCUUUUCCCCUGUGAGCCAGCAUAGCCAGCCAGGAAAGGAGGAGCCUAUAGAGAAACUGUCAGUGGCCCAAAGCCCCUCGGGCCCUUCCCCGAUGAAGCUCGUGCCUAACCACAACAGGGAGCUUGAAGGCACGGAAUCCCCGCUGACUGGAGGCGUAGAGCUGCACCAGGACGUGGGGUUGACCAACGGCUUCCACUCCCCCAAGACCCUGCGGCCUGAGCUGAGGCCCGAGACUCUGGAGAACAGGGACUCCAGACACUGCCCCUCUGCACCGGGGAAGGCUGUGUCCUCUGGGAUGCCUCUGCCCCCUGCUCCCUUUGUCAGCUCCGGCCUAGUCCACACUACCUCAGCUGCACACACUUACCUUUGCCCUUAG